CUCCUGGUGGAUUUGCAUCACGGGGUCGCAUAGUCAAUAUAGGCAUAGCUUGAGAGAUGCCUAGCAGUGACGCUGAUGAUUCGGAGACAUGGCUUCUCGAGCUGAUCAACUACAACCGGCAGGCCUCUUCUUCCUCGUUGGUAUCUUCGCCAGAGCAAAGCAAAGCUCAAGUGCCUCAGGAGUUGAAAAAGCACAUUGAUGAGACCCUUUGGAAUAUAGAACGUGCUCCUCAGUGCUUUAGCAAUUUACUUGCUGACUGGCAGUUGGAAUGCCAACUUCCAAAGAAGGGUUCUUCCACAGGCACUGUAGUGCGGCAUGCCAUUGAAACCUUUGAGAAGAUCUUGCGCAAACACGGGCCCAUGGUCUUCAAGUUUGGUUGGACCCAUGAUGCCCAUUGUCGUUUCAGAAACCCAAAAUUUGGCUAUGUCGUGGAUCCACACCAGAGAUGGCAAACUAUGGUGGUAGUAUUUGCAUCCCAUGAGUCUAUUGGCCCAGCCUUUUUGGAAGCUUUCCUCAUCGAAAAGUUCCAGGGUACACCUGGAUGCCGCAAUGUACGUUCUGGUGGUGACACCAUCAUUGACCGAGGAGGACCGUUCUUCACCUAUGUUGUUUACCAAUCAUUUAAAUUCCCACCCAGUGGGGCAAGGAGUGUUCGGUCAAGAGCCGAACCGUAUCAUGUGUGAUUUGACACGGAUACUGUUUCCACCACAAUUGCAAUUGCAUGCCCUAGAAUCGUGGGCAAACAAAAUUAUUGGCCAAUCCAAAGGCUGAGUCGCACGAGAAGAAAGAUAUGUUGAGUGCGAUGGUGAAGCAUACAACUGUUUUUUAAAUGUGCAUGACCUCUACACUUGAGAAGGCUUACCAUACAAUCAGCCCAGCCCAGGUUGAAAGAUCGCAUAGCGAAGGUGAAGGCCACAGCCAAGAAGCCGUGUGCUGAUCUCAUUGCGAUUGAACCACGGCAGAAGCUGCUUCUGGCCGACUUCAAGAAGAGCGGCAAGACAGACAAAAACGCAGCUACUUCUGCUGAUGGUGUUGAGGCUGCUGCGAAGCCGAAGGCAAAACCCAAGGCUAAGGGGAAAUCAAAGAGCCAAAAGGAGGCUCAGGCUUAGUUUGGGGAUGCAGCCCAUGGUG